AUGUUAUCUUCCUGUUGUAAAUCAAAAUUUCUCAAGAGAUUUUUUUCUUUCUUCACAAUGACAAACGACACCACUGCCGCCGCCGCGGCCACCGCUCCUCCUCCUCCCACCGCUGACCCGCCUGGCCCCGCCACCAACAAGCGCAAACUUUGCCACAUCUGUGGCAAGUCCCACACAGGGGACUGCUGGCCCCUGUGUGGGACUUGCGGGCGCCGGCACCCGGCUGAUAAGCCCUGUCGCCCUGCCUCCCGCCGCCAGCCAGCAGCCCGCCGCCGCCAGCCACCAACGGUGGUGAAUAACAUCACCAUCAACGGUGAUGGACAUUCCAUCACCAUAUCCGCUCACCCCCUAUCUGCAGGCGACGGCCCCCCGCCUGGCAAGAAGCCAAGAAGGAGAAAGCGGCCUGAUAAGGCCAAGGGAAAGGAGGAGAAGAAGGAGAAGGAGGAGGGGGAGAAGGAGGUGGAGCCGGCCGAAGAGGGCGAAAAGCCCAGCUCCGAGUGA